GCGACCAUAACAAAAGUUAAUAAGCGGAGUGAGAGAGACCUGCUCUCUCAAUCUACACAUAGUCACACGAUCACGCAAUGUACGCAGGGAAGACGAGUAGUGAAACAAAAAGAUUAAAAUAUAAAUAUGAAAAUAGAGAGAGAAGAAUAAAUAUUACGAGGACGUGAUUCUAUUUGUGAUUGAUGUAUAUACUUUUAUAUCUGUAUGAUAUUAUAGAUAUGUCAGAUCCGUUUUGAAACUGUCACGUUCACUGAACGUGAUCUUUACGUUUUAUCGUUUAAAUAACAGCUGGAGAUAUGCGCGCGUGGAGCGCAUUGUGAUGCGAUGGGACAUCGCAAACGUUACAUAUAAUAGAAUACGUAUUUCGAUCGAUAUAUAAAAUAAGAUUGUCGCUCAAUGAAGAGAGCUAUGUAAUUGCCCCAUUAAGUUUAAAUGAAAGUUUGACGAUUUUCGUUUCGGCGGCCAGAGGUUCAGUUAGUGGGCGAAGGAGAAGGACGUAAAGGAUUCUCAAGACAAUCAAUAGCGAGGAAUCUGUCUAGGAAUAUAUUAUUUGAUCAUAUAUAUAUUAUAUAUUAUGGAUCUUUGAAACUGACUCUGCGUUUUUUUUUUCGUUUAAAUUAAUUGACGCCGCAUUUAUUAAUUGUCAAACCUAACCUAAAAAUGGAGCAAAACUCUCCUCCGUUCUCAAAUGAUACAGUGUCCAGUCAAAAGUCACUGCCAUCUUCUCACGAUCCCGGUUGGAAUGAUCCACCAAAAUGGGCACUGUCUUCACAGCAUGCUUCAUCUGGAACCAAGAGACUCUUAAACAAGCGAGUGGCAUUUCCAUUAUCUUCGCAGAUCUCUGCUGCAGGGAAAAUUGAAUCAUCUCCUCUAUCGAAUACUCCUCCUAUUUUACAAUCUUUCAUGGCUCCUGCGAUAACUACAGCUCCCCAUAAACCUCUUAUGGCACCUGUCGCUAAAGAAUUUACAACAAAGGAAUCAGAUUUUGACAAAGAUCAAGCUCUGACAGAAGUUUUGGCCAAUCUAAAUUCAAUAAUUACAGAACAGAAGAUGGAAACGAACAAGACUGAAGAAAUACAAAGAAGAUUAGAUAUCAUGAAAGCUGACUGGCGCGAAAAUAAAUUGAAUGAUAUGAUACACAGAAGUGUUUUAGAUAUAUCAAAAGCAUUAUUGAGGAAAGAUACUGAAGAAGCUGAUAAGAUCCACAUUGCUCUUAUGAUGCAGCAUGCAACUGCUUGUCGUACCUGGAUGCCAGCUAUUAGGCACAUCAUUUUUGAAUUAAAAAAAGAAUGAAUUCCAAUGUUUUGUACCCCAGGAUAGUCAUCUCUAUUAUUUGUUGAAUCAAAGGAAAAGUGAGUUUAUUGCUAAAUAAGCGUAUUGUAUAGAGCAAUUGAAAAAAAGGAUAGUUAUUUGUUUGUUACUUCUUAUAUUCGGCUAUACAUGAUAUUUUUAUAGGAAAUACAUUAGAUAGUGUCUAAUAUACACUAUACAGUAUUAUACAUUAUCAUGGAUUAUGAUAUUUCAUAUAGGAAUUUAUUAAAUUUUUAUAGGAAUAAAAAUGAAAGAGAUUGUACUCAUAAAA